GUCUUAAAGGGGACUCACAUAUUCUAGAAAGGGUUCAAAGGAAGGCAACACGUAUGGUUCUCGGCAUGACUAACUUAUCAUACGAGGAAAGACUAGACAGUUUAAAUCUCUUCUCCCUGUCAUACUGUAGGCAGAGAGGAGAUUUAAUCACAAUGUUUAAAAUUUUAAAUAAUGACUACGGACCUGACCUAUUCUCUCUUUUCCUUCCCACCAGGUCGGAACACCUUAGAGGACAUAGCAGGAGAGUUCAAAAGCCAAGAAGAAAUCAUAUUGCUGUUGAGUGCUGGUUCUCACACCGAGUCAUAAACUCUUGGAACCGACUCCCAGAAGAAGUGGUGUCUGCAACCUCAAUUGAUUCAUUCAAGAAGAGUUUGGACAACCACAGAAAUUUACUAGAAAAGGAUUAACAUAGGCUCCAAGCCUUCUAUCCUCAACCAAUAAAUCUAAAUCUAAAUAUUGAAUAAGGUGGAUGAUAUGAAUCGAGAACCUACUUUUCAAGGUCACUUGGUCAACCUCACAAAGAUUGACAUUUGAUGAUGGCCUUCGUAAACACUAUGUUACCGGAACAAGCUGAAGUGAAAGAUCGUGCUGAUGAACUUCUUUCCCUGUGUAAACAAGCGAUAGCUGACUGUAGUACUGUGAAGCCGACACUGGAUUCACUUGAUAAAUUACGGUUUAAACAACGUGGUUCUAAAAUUAAUAAAAGUCAGCUAAAGUCUUUAUAUACCCAAGCCCUUAAUGAAGCUGAACAACAAAAAGCGACACUUAUGGCUGCUUUAGAAAAGGUGUCAGAAAUUCGUGCUUUAGAAUAUAGGAUAAGAUCACUUGUUGGUCCAAAAAGUUUUCGUCGAGGUGUACUAAUGUCAGUCUUACAAGAAAAUGCCAAAUCUAUUCCACUUUGGAUUGGAAAACCUGGUGAGAGUCCUCCUGCUUUAUGUGGUGCGAUAGGACCAUCACCAAACAUUGCUGCUGAUCCUGGGGAUCAUGUUGCUGCCCUUGUUCCUGAACCAGAUGUUGUAGCCGCUGCGUGUAAUCUAUCUGAAGGUUGUAUUUUAGCUGAGGUUGUUUCAUACAAUACCGACAAGGCAAUCUAUGAAGUUGAAGAUGUUGAUGCUGAAGAAGGAAAAAUGCGUUAUACUCUACCACGCUCCAAAGUGAUACCAUUACCUAAAUGGAAGGCGAAUCCAGUCACACACCCUGAAGCUAUAUUCAAAAAAGACAGUUUUAGCUCUUUAUCCACAAACGACGUGUUUCUACAAGGCGAUCGUGGACGAAAUCCCAACUCACGUACAUGACGAAUAUUCUCUUUAUUUCGAAGACUCAUCUUACCCUGAAGGUUAUGCUCCAGCUAUCAGGAUUCCUCAAAGAUAUAUUAUUGAAUGCCCUGCGAAUGAGUCAAUGACAGGUAAAAAUUUAGACAGCUCGAAAAAGCGCGGUAAAUAGAAACUGAAUUCAAUGUACCAUCAUAUAUAUAUAUACUCAUUUUUGUGUAAAUAAAACUAAAUGCUUCUUUAAAUUUUUCUUCCUAUAGUUAGAUUCUAAGGUUCGAAAAGUGCAUGUAAACUUUAAAUUCUUCAAGAUCAAUCUUUAACUGUUAAAUUUGAUGUUAAGCCAAGUAAUCUAUAAUGCAAUUAAUUUGUUCGCAGUCCAUCAAAUAAGAUAUCAUUGUAGUGUAUUGUCAUGCAGUUACCACGUAUAAAUGUUUAAAGCGAAUCAACAGAAUAGGAGUCACUGAUGUUUUAGUCAUUAUCAGUGUAUUCAGAAAUCUCUGGGUUUUCUUCAAUGGAUGAUCAUUCAGGAGAACCAUCUGAACUUCCUCGUCAGUGAAAAAUAAGUCUGAUUCAAUGAUGCUGUCUUAUAACAUAGUCUAAUAUCUUUGAUAG